UUGGUUUGAGGAUUGGCAUUGAUGAUGAUAGAACUUAUAUCCAAGCUAUUUAGCGAGCCUUUGAAAGACUUGGAAAUUUCCAGACAAGCAUCAGUUGUAGGUACUUUUGAAGGUUGGGGAACUUCUCUGGCUUGGUUUGCUAAUGUGGUUGGCAAGGGACCUACAGAAUACAAGGAACAAAUUGCAGACCUUCUCUUUGACGUCCAACAAGGUUUGGGUUUGAAUAUUGUUCGUUAUAAUAUCGGUGGAGGAGAGAAUCCCAAUAUUCGUGUGACACUUGAACCGAGAGCUUGUAUCCCUGGUCUAUAUACAAGUGCCAAUCAAGUUAGUUCUCUUUCACUUGAACAAGAUGCCGGCCAGUUGUGGUUUCUUCAAGCAGCUGUGAAAAGAGGAGUUGACAAGUUGGAAGUAUUUUCCAAUUCCCCUCCCUAUUUUAUGACGAAGAGUGGUAGUGUAACAGGAGCAAGAAUGUCAUCGGAAAACAACUUGGUCGAGAACCAAGUGGACAAUUUUGCAGAAUAUCUGUGUAGAAGUACUCAACUAAUAGAGAAUAGUUGUCAUAUCCAAUGUGAAAGUAUAGAACCAUUCAAUGAACCUCUGUCUAGUUGGUGGAAACUUGGAGGAAGACAAGAAGGUUGCUAUUUUGACUGUCGUUUGCAAGAGAAAGUAAUAGACAGUCUCUAUCAUCAGAUUCGAAAAUGGAACUUGGGCUAUUGUAUUGCCGCGCCAGAUACUUACAGUGUAGAAGAGGCUAAAAGGCUUGUGAAUAGUUAUUCGUCACAAACGCUAUCACAACUGAAUCGUAUCAAUACGCACACUUACAAUGCAAAGGGACGUAGGAAUCUGUUGGAUAUGUGUUCCAAAAGACGUAAAUUGUUAUGGGUUUCAGAAUAUGGAGAUAAUGAUGGUUCUGGCAUAAGUCUUGCACAGACAAUAAUCUCUGAUUUGAAGGAGCUUCAUGCAAAUGCUUGGAUAUAUUGGCAAGCUGUGGAGGAUUCUUCUGCUCCUCAUUGGGGGUUUUUAGUUUGUAAUCUUAAUCAACCGACUGGAAAUGAUUCUUUCACUAUUCAAAAGAAGUUUUAUAUCAUGUUACAGUUUAGCAAGUUUAUUCGUCCAGGCUUUCAGCAGAUUGAUAUAGAUGAUGAUACGACCGUGGCAUUUCGGUCACCAGAUGAAGCCAAAAUUGUUUUAGUUCAUGUACAGAGACAGUCGAACACAUAUCAUCUUUGUUUCAAGGAUUUUGAUAGAGAAAGUUUUGCACAAAUUUCCGUUUAUCGAACGAGUUCACAUGAGAAUAUGGAAAGAAUUGGAUUUUAUCAACGAUGGCCGUUGCAACGACGAUUAUCUUUGUCGAUGGCAAACAACUCAGUUACCACUAUUGUAGUAUCUUAAAUGUAUUUUCACAUUUGUUGAAUAAAACUAACCAUGUUGUUGAUGGAGUUGGUUCCACUGAACGGUUAUGUUUUGGCGCUGUCUCGUUCUCUAAACGAUAUACUGCAGUUUGUUUAGAACUCCUGAGAGCGCCAAUAGUAAUAAUAUAGACGAGAAAGUUCGCUAUCCCGAUUUCUACAGCAAAGUGGAAUCUGGCAUAGAAGGUUUUCUUCGUUACAUUCGACGGUUUUAUUUGUAAAGUGUCUGAAAAUUUUAAACGUAAAGUUCGCUAUACUCCUUUUUUUCUUAUUCCAAAACAAAUAGCUUUAUAAAUCAUCUUUCGAUAUU